AUGCCUUCCUACAAACUCACCUACUUCGAUGUUCGUGGCCUCGCCGAACCAUCUCGUCUUCUUUUCCAUCUUGCUGGAGUUCCAUUCGAGGAUAACCGCAUUGUUUUUGGAGAUGGAACCUGGGAGAGGAUGAAAAAUUCCACCCCAUUUGGUCAAAUGCCAGUUUUGAACGUAGAUGGAUUUGAAAUCCCUCAAUCCAUGGCCAUCGCUCGUUUCCUUGCCAAAAAGUUUGGAUUCGCUGGAAAGACCCCAGAGGAACAGGCCUGGGUUGACGCAAUCGUCGAUCAAUUCAAAGACUUCUUCGGACAGUUCAGACAACUAAUCAUCGCUCAACGUGGAGGAAAAUCUGCCGAUGAAAUCGAAAAGAUCACUUCGGAAGUUGUGAAUCCAGCUCGGGAGACUUACUUCAAGGCACUCAACAAGAUUUUGGAAAAGAACAAGUCUGGAUUCCUCGUUGGAGAUGGAAUCACUUUUGCGGAUCUUGUGAUUGCUGAAAAUCUUCUUUCUCUCAAAAACUUUGGAUUCUUCGACGAAUCAAAAGAGCCAAAGUUGGCAGCUCUCAAGAAGAAAGUUUUCAAUCAACCAUCACUGAAGGAGUAUCUUGCUUCUCGUAAAGAAUCUCAAAUCUAA